AUGGCGGAACGCAUCCUCAUGAACGAAUUCCGGGCCCUCACCAAAGAGAAAUGGGUUAACGUCGAACUUCACAAUGACGACAUCUUUAAAUGGGACGUCGCACUCGUUGUCCUGAACGAGGACUCCCUAUACUACGGCGGGUAUUUCAAAGCAACUAUGACCUUUCCCUCGAACUAUCCUUAUAGCCCUCCCCAGUUCCGCUUCCUUGUGCCCAUAUACCAUCCCAACAUUUACCCGGAUGGCAAACUAUGCAUCUCCAUCCUUCAUCCACCGGGUGAAGACGUAAUGUCCGGCGAAUCUGCCGCCGAACGCUGGUCUCCGGCUCAACGAGUUGAGUCCGUCCUCAUCUCCAUCCUCUCCCUCCUCGAUGACGCCGAGGUCUCGUCCCUGCCAACGUCGACGCUGCCAUUCCGCUCCAUAGUCAAGGGCAAUGUCGAAGAAUCCAAAGCACACCGGCCAGCGAACUUUAAAAUGCCGACUCAGACUCAAGAAGCAUCUUCCCGUGAAAUCGUGGAGAAGGAGGAUGAGGACUUCUGGGCUGAGUCUGGUGACGACAGCGAUCCCUUCGGUGGGAGUGACUCGGACUCGGACAUGGAUAUGGAUCAUUUUACCGGAAGUGAAGAUGACGACGACGACAAUGAGAUGGACGACAAUUCUCUUUAA